UAAUGUUGAACUUGAGUGAUUUUUUAAAGUUUUUUACUGUUCUUUUACCCAGAAAACAAGAAUGUGUGUUUAUAAUAGUCGAGAUGACUGAAACGGCAAUAAACACACCAAGAUUUGGCAUACAUGUCAACUGGGACCUAAUUUGAUAGUUACUGUAUUGUAUGUUGUAGACCAUAUUCUGAAUGGGAUGUGUUGCAGGGAUUGUAUUCAAAAUCUGAGAGCUGUAACAAAAGGAAAUUAGUGAUUUCUUUAAUAGCUUAACAAUAGAUUAGUUUUCAGUAAAUAGACGUAGAUUGUGUAAGUACCCUAGGACCCUGUGCAGGUGACGCCUGUGUCUGUCACUAAAGGUGUGCAGAGGCUGCGCCUGACAGCCUGACACAGUUCGCAGCAACAUUUCAGGAGUCCUCCUGGCUGUCCAGGAUGUAUGUGGUCUGCCUGCCCCUGGGGCACCGAAUUCCAGCAUGUGUGACAGUAGGUGUGGAGAAGAGGACGCAACCCAGGACUGUGCUGUCAGCACCGCGGAUUCACUGAUCAGCCUGCCAUUUGCCACUAUAGAUAUUGAAGAUGUUUGUGAAGUCACUGAUGUGCCUCAGAUAAAUUCAAAGAGGAGAGAAGAAAAGGACUCAAUCAAGAACAAGCAAGUAAAGAAGAAGAAAACAAAGCACAAAAAUUAUCAACCCAACUAUUUCCUGUCCAUUCCCAUUACCAGCAAAAAGAUCACAGGAGGGAUUAAGACUCUGCAGAGUGCAAUAAUACAGCAAGAUGAGCGGCUGGCGAAAGCGAUGGUUGGGGACGGCUCCUUCCAUCUGACCUUGCUAGUGAUGCAGUUACUAAGUGAAGAUGAAGUGAACAUUGGCGUGGAUGCGCUUUCACAAUUGAAGCCUUCAGUAGAAGAUGUCCUCCAGGGACGGCGUCUGACGCUGCCCUUCCAAGGAACCGACACUUUCGGAAAUCAGGUCGGCUUCGUGAAGCUGGCGGACGGAGACCACAUCCCCCCACUCUUAGAGAUCGCAGAGAUUGCAAAGAGGACGUUUCAAGAAAAAGGCGUCCUGGCAGGAGAAACCAGAAGUUACAAGCCUCACUUGACCUUCAUGAAGCUAUCCAAGGCCCCCUGGCUCCGGAAGCAUGGUGUGAAAAAGAUAGACCCCAAGUGGUAUGAAAAAUUUAGCAACCACAGAUUUGGAGAAGAAACGCUGUACCGCAUAGACCUUUGUUCCAUGGAGAAGAAAAAGCAAAGUAAUGGUUAUUAUCAUUGUGAGUCUUCCAUCGUGGUUGGCAAGAAACCUAUUGGACCCCAAGACUUAAUUAAUGAAGUUUUGCAGCGAGAACGGAUCAGUCUGAAGUCCAAAGUGAAACAGAUAAAGGAACUUUUAUUAAUGCCUGAGAUUCAGGCCAAAAUUAGGAAGGAGCUCUUUGAAGGAAGACUGGUUAAUAACAGGAGUCAAGCAGAUGACGUUGAUUUCAGCACAACUUCGACAUAAACCUUUCCUUGCUAUUGUGGUAGCAUAGCUUAUAAAAUCUCUUCAGCUUGUUAAAUAGCUUGUUGGUAAACACCGAAGUGUUCUGAUACUUUGUAUGUAACAGCGAACCAAUAUUGGGUGAGGAAUUAGUAAUUUCUUGCCAAAGAAAACUGAUUUUGCCCCAUUAUUUUCUAAGCUGAUCUUCUGUUUCAGGGUGUUUGUUUCUGAAAUAAUGAAGUCAUUUUAGAGAAAUGACUUUUUAAUGAGCUGUUGUGAGAUGUUCACCAGGUCCUUGCAGAUAAAAGCAGUGUGAAAAAUCAUCUGCAGCCAAAAUAAAACCAACAACAGUAUUUUAAAUGUCACUUGCCUCCUGUUGACAAGUGUUUCUAAAUCAAAAGAAACAUCGUCCAGGUGUGUCUACAUGUAGUGUGACUUUUAAUGAGAAUUUGAAUGUUUUUGGACAUUAGUACUUGAAUGAACAUUUAUAAAUGUAAUAAUUGCAAUCACUGGUUAAGAAUGUUUUAUAAUACCCAUGUGUAUUAUUUUUCACUGAUCAAAAUGUAGUUUGCCUUGUCAUUUCUUAUUGAAUAAAUGUUUAGGAGUUUUAUUUUCUACUUUUCUGAAGAUAAGCCUAGAUCUUACUGUAUCCUUGUAAUUUGAAUUCGUUUGCACUGAUUCUUUUUUUUUUUUUUUUUUUCCGUGGAACUGGGGAUUAGAACUCAGGCCCUUGCACUUGCCAGGCAAGCGCUUAUUCAACUGAGCUAUCUCUCUGGCCCCUGCGCUGAUUCAUUUUAAAGAGCAUUCUUGAAAACUUUCUUCCCAGGUGAUGAUUAUGAGUAACGGCUGUUUCUGUAGUCACUAUGAAAUUGCUGCUGCUGAUAGAUCAUGACGGGGGGGAAAUGAUUGGAGAUCAAAUGUGUAAUCAUUCAAAUAUAAAAUCCAGUUUUGCUCAUGGAUUUUAGCUAUUUUUUCACGAGUAAAUUAUACUACAUUUAUUUAUAAAUGAGUUUAUGCAUUUUCAUGCCUCUUAAUAAAUGUUUUGUUUUCCCUUGU